CUGCCCAUCUGCCAGAAGUCUAGCUCUGUCUCACUAUGGAGGCCACAACGUGUAAUGGAUCAGUAGGUGGCUCACCAGUCUUCUAUCUGGUGGGCAUCCCCUCUCUGCCAGAGUCCUUCUUCCUCCCUGUGUUUUUUAUCUUUCUCCUCUUCUAUCUUCUCAUUCUUAUGGGUAACGCCCUGAUCCUGGUUUCUGUGGUGGCAGAGCCCAGCCUCCACAAACCCAUGUACUUCUUCCUGAUCAACCUCUCUGCCCUGGACAUCCUCUUCACCACAACCACUGUCCCCAAGAUGCUGUCCCUGUUCUUGCUUGGGGAUCACUUUCUCAGCUUUACUUCCUGCUUAUUGCAGAUGUACCUCUUUCAAAGCUUUACAUGCUCAGAAGCCUUCAUCCUCGUGGUCAUGGCCUAUGACCGCUAUGUGGCUAUCUGCCGCCCGCUGCACUACCCUGUCCACAUGACCCCACAGACCAAUGCUGCACUAGCAGCCACUGCCUGGUUAACUGCCCUCCUCCUGCCCAUCCCAGCAGUAGUGAAGACCUCCCAGAUGGCAUAUGACAACAUUGCUCGCAUCUACCAUUGCUUCUGUGAUCAUCUGUCUCUAGUUCAGGCCUCCUGCUCUGACACCACACCCCAGACCCUCAUGGGCUUUUGCAUCGCCAUGGUGGUGUCCUUCCUGCCCCUUCUCCUGGUGCUUCUCUCCUAUGCCCACAUCCUGGCCUCGGUGCUUCGCAUCAGCUCCCAAGAAGGACGCUCAAAAGCCUUCUCCACGUGCAGCUCCCACCUGCUGGUGGUUGGCACCUACUACUCCUCCAUUGCCAUAGCCUACGUGGCCUAUAGGGUGGACCUGCCCCUUGACUUCCACGUCAUAGGCAACGUAGUAUAUGCUAUUCUCACACCAAUCCUCAAUCCUCUCAUUUACACUCUAAGAAACAAGGAUGUCAAGGCAGCCAUUACCAAAAUCACAUCUUUCAAGACCCAGUCUGGGGUAGGAUCCCUUGACCUUUAGAUGCAGCUAAUUCUGCUC